AUGCAAGCAAGUGUUCCAGUUUUGUCAUCACCUCACCAUUCUCAGACAAUAAGUACAGCCCCAGGCCAAACACUCUCCACUCAGACCAAAAGAAUGGCUCUUGUCUCUACGGUCCCGCCAUCAGAAAGCCCAAUUUUUGCAGAGGUAGACAUGGGUUCCGACUCUUCAGCAACUACUGUUCGUGCAACUGUUGUUCAAGCCUCCACUGUAUUCUAUGACACUCCUGCCACUCUAGAUAAGGCUGAGAGAUUGCUGGCUGAAGCAGCUGGUUAUGGUUCUCAAUUGGUCGUGUUUCCUGAAGCAUUUAUUGGUGGUUAUCCUAGGGGAUCAAGUUUUGGUGCUAGUAUUGGUAAUCGUACAGCUAAAGGUAGAGAGGAUUUCCGAAAGUAUCAUGCUUCAGCCAUUGAUGUUCCUGGUCCUGAAAUUGACCGUUUGGCUGCAAUGGCUGGGAAGUAUAAGGUAUAUUUGGUGAUGGGUGUGAUUGAGAGGGAGGGCUAUACACUCUACUGUACUGUGUUGUUUUUCGAUUCUCAAGGUAAAUACAUGGGGAAGCAUCGAAAAGUUAUGCCAACGGCGGUGGAGCGUAUAGUUUGGGGAUUUGGGGAUGGAUCAACGAUUCCGGUUUUUGAGACUCCGGUUGGGAAAAUUGGUGCUGCUAUCUGUUGGGAAAAUAGAAUGCCACUCCUAAGGACAGCAAUGUAUGGUAAAGGUAUUGAAAUAUAUUGUGCACCCACAGCUGAUUCCAGGGAUACUUGGCAAGCAUCAAUGACCCACAUUGCUCUUGAGGGUGGAUGUUUUGUACUAUCCGCCAACCAGUUUUGCCGGAGGAAAGAUUACCCACCACCCCCAGAGUAUGUCUUUUCAGGCAUGGAAGAAGACCUCACACCUGAUUCUGUUGUCUGUGCUGGAGGCAGUGUCAUUAUAUCACCAUUAGGAGCUGUUUUAGCUGGACCCAAUUAUGAUGGUGAGGCACUAAUCUCUGCAGAUCUAGAUCUUGGAGAAAUAGCAAGGGCAAAAUUUGACUUCGAUGUGGUUGGGCAUUACUCAAGACCUGAAGUUCUCAGCUUAACUGUGAGGGACCAUCCAACAAACGCAGUUAUGUUCACAUCAGCUUCUGCAAAAACUGAAGGCUCUCAUAGGUAG